UUCACACCUUUGCAUGCAACUCAUUCCUCACCAAAUACACUUCUCUUUGCCUUCUAAUCAACUUGCCUCCUAUUCCCUAACUAGUUCAAAAAUGGCAACUAGAAUACUUAUUGGCCUUCUUUUCGUAGCAUUUUUUGUAGCAGCUUCUGCUAGUAAUUUCAACCAAUACUUUGACAUAACAUGGGGUGAAGGCCGUGGCAAAAUCCUCAACAACGGUCAACUUCUUACACUGUCUUUGGACAAAGCCUCUGGCUCUGGAUUUCGUUCUAAAAAUGAAUAUUUGUUUGGAAAAAUUGACAUGCAACUAAAGCUUGUGCCUGGUAACUCUGCUGGAACAGUCACAACAUACUAUCUAUCUUCUCUUGGAGAUGCUCAUGAUGAAAUAGAUUUUGAAUUUCUUGGUAACCUAAGUGGUGAUCCUUAUAUUGUUCAUACGAACAUUUACACACAAGGGAAAGGGAACAAAGAACAACAAUUUUAUUUGUGGUUUGAUCCCACCAAGGACUUUCACACUUAUUCCAUUCUUUGGAAUCCUCAAAGCAUCAUAUUUUCUGUGGAUGGAACUCCUCUAAGAGAAUUCAAGAAUUUUGAAUCAAAGGGUAUUCCUUUUCCAAAAAGCCAAGUAAUGAGUAUAUAUUCAAGUCUUUGGGAUGCUGACAAUUGGGCCACAAGGGGAGGCCUUGUGAAAACAGAUUGGACCCAAUCUCCAUUCACUGCUUCAUAUGGAAACUUCAACAUCCAAGCUUGUGUUUGGACUUCUUCUUCGGGUUCGUCUUGCUCAUCCAAAACUCCAUCUUCAAGUAAUCAAUCAUGGAUGAAACAAUCUUUGGAUUCAACAGGGCAUGCUAGGAUUCAAUGGGUGCAAAAGAACUAUAUGAUUUACAACUAUUGCACUGAUACUAAACGUUUUCCUCAAGGCCUCCCUCCUGAAUGCUCAGUUGCAUAAAGAAAAAAGACUCGGAUAUAUAGUAUACUCAGUUAUAAAUAUGUUAUAUCAUGCAUUUUAUUGUAUAUAUGGAGAACAAAAUAAAGCUCAAGUUCAAUUUCCAAAAGAAUAGAAUUGGAUAGUGAAUGAGGAUAUAUUACACCUUAAAAAUA